AUGAAUGAAACUGAGUGUAUUGAAGAACAGCACUAUGUAGAUCAUUAUUUGUUUCCCAUCAUUUAUAUCUUCGUAAUGGUCAUCAGUAUUCCUGCCAAUGUUGGGUCUCUGUGUGUCUCAUUUCUUCAAGUGAAAAAGAAAAAUGAAUUAGGAGUUUACCUCUUUGGCCUUUCAUUCUCCGAUCUUCUCUAUUCAUCUAUGUUGCCCCUUUGGAUACAUUACACUUGGAAUGAAGACAACUGGAUGUUCUCUCCCACCCUGUGCAAAGUGAGUGCUUUCCUGAUGUAUGUAAAUUUCUACAGUAGCACUGCCUUCCUCUCCUGCAUCUCUUUUGAUAGAUACUUAGCGGUGGUCUAUCCUUUGAAAUUUCCUUAUCUAAGAACAAGAAGAAUCGCCAUUUCCAUCAGCCUAUCAAUCUGGGUCAUAGAAACAGUAUUCAAUGCCACCAUUAUCUGGAAAGAUGAAACAUAUGUUGAAUACUGUGAUACCAACAAGUCUUACAUCUUGUGUUUUGACAAAUACCCCUUGGAGACAUGGAAAAUUCACUUCAACAUCUUUCGGACAUGUACCGGUUAUAUGAUCCCCUUGGUCAUAAUUCUAUUUUGCAACCAAAAAGUCUACAAAGCAGUAAAGCAUAAUCAAGCCACAGAGAUCCGGGAAAAGAAGAGGAUCAUCAGGUUGCUUUUAAGCAUCACGCUCACUUUUUUCUUUUGUUUUACCCCUUUCCAUGCUCUGUUGCUGAUCCUAAGUCUUGGAAAGCACAGCUCAUACAUUGGCAAGCAGAUAUUUAAACUUUAUAGAAUCACUGUUGCCUUGACAAGUUUGAAUUGUGUGGCAGAUCCAAUUUUGUACUGUUUUGUAAGUGAGACAGGACGAUCAGACAUAUGGAGCAUGUUAAAACUCUGCCAUCUGUCAAGUAAGUCUCAAAGAAAAAUGACAGCCUCUAUGUCUACAAAAUAUAGCAUGAACUUAGAUAUAAUAGAAUAA